CCCAAGAAACCGUCUCAGCAGAAGUUUGAGCAAUCACAACCGCCCUGCCAUUGCAUAUCCACAAAGACCAUCAUUCUGCCGUACCUUUGUCUACCACCAAACUAUCCAUCAAAUACCGCCGAGAAAAGACCCGAAACCGCCACAAUGAAGCUCAUCCUUACACUCUCAGCUCUCAUGGCCUCAACUCUCGCAGCCGCCGCUGGCCGUGAGCAAACAUCCAUGUUGACGCUUCGCCUCCACUCCACCAUCAGCACACACUACGAGACAACGCAGCAAGUCCCUAACAAAGCCAGUGGUGCUCUCCUCCACAUCGCGGUCGGAACCAACCUAUCUCUCGAUCACGCUCCGCUCCGUAUACAAGGGAUUGAGAUUGCAAACAUUCACGAGGGCAUGGAUUUGAGCAGCCCUCCCCGUUUCGUCAAGGAAGACAGCGAGGAUGUUGUCUGCAAGGCGCAGAUCGGCUGGAGUAGCAAGGGUGUAGAGUUCAAGCUGAACCGCCGUGUCGUUGCUCUGAACGAAGGGGACAUGGAGAACGUCACUGGGCUCAGCUGCUGGCUUGCAUGA